CAGCUCAUAAGGCCUUCUCAAGUCGCCCCCCUCCCCCGUGUGCGUAUGCGACAAAGCAGGGAAAUCUGAGCAGGCUGUAAAAAAUUUUAAAAGCCGCUUUGGGAAGGCAAUUUUCUUCUUCCAGACGGCAGAGAAGAAAGAGUUACGCAGCUUGUCCCGCCCAUCCUUCUUCCCUUCGGGCAGAUUGGUUCUCGUAAAAAACAACAACGCUGAGGAGGGAUCAGGGAAGUCAGCAUAACUUGUAGCCUGAGAAAAGACGGUAAAUCGAGUAAAUACUGUUAGAACUCUCCCACUGCAAGCCCGUUUGGAGGUCUGUACUGGAAGUAAGCGAUGGGCGAAAGAAAUCCAAUCACUUCAUAACUUUUCAAAGACAGGCUGUAUAGCCCCUUUACAGGGGCUAACUUGGCUUCGAAGGGGUCGAAAAUGGCAAAGGCGCUGGUUUUCUUCCUCCGUCUCUGUUUCCAGCUGCUAGCCCUGCCCAUAUACGUGUUGUCGUUAUUGGGCAUAUGGGGGCCUUUCUGCAAGAAGGUAUUCUUUCCCGCCUUCCUGGAGAAGUUCACGGUCAGUUACAAUCGGAAAACGUUACGGCAGAAACAAGAGCUGUUCGGCAACUUGUUGGCGUUUGCAGGCCUCUCGGGGGAACUGAGACUACUGGAGAUAGGCACGGGUACUGGCUCCAACUUCCAGUUUUUCCCGGGAAACUGUAAAGUAAUCUGCACGGAUCCCAAUCCCCACUUUCAGCGGAGUCUAGCCAAAAGCAUAGCCCAGAACCAGCAUCUUCGGUUCGACAACUUCUUAGUGACCCCAGCAGAGGAUUUGCACCAGGUGGCCGAUUCCUCUGUGGAUGUCGUCGUUUCCACUUUGGUCCUCUGCUCAGUGCGAAGCGUGAAAGGGGCUUUGAGCGAAGUCUACAGGGUACUCAAGCCUGGUGGAGCUUUUUAUUUCUUGGAACAUGUGGCUGCAGAUCGUUCAAGCUGGGAAUACUUUUGGCAGCAAGUUUACUUCCCAACAUGGAAACUUCUAUUUGAUGGAUGUUGCUUAACAAGAGAGAUCUGGACCGAUCUUGACAAAGCAAAUUUCUCAGAUGUAAAGCUGCAACGUAUAUAUGUCCCUUUACACUGGACACCCAUUCAGCCACAUAUCAUUGGUUAUGCUGUAAAAUAAUUCUCAAUGUACCAAUGCAGUCCAGUCAUCUGAAUGUUUACUGAGAGGUUCCACUGAGUUAAAAGAGAAUUACUCCCAAGUCAGAUGGCAAGAGUAUGUUCAUUUACUUAGGAGUAACCUCCCUGAAAUCAGUGAAAUUUUAUUUCUGAGUAAAUAUGCUUAGGAUUGCAUUUUUAAAGAUAAUUUUUCAAGAAAGGAGGUUACUUCUUUGAAAGGAAUGUAGUUACAGAAUGAAAUACAGAGCAUGCUGGAAAAAACCUUAGAGCACAUUAAGUCAUAGCUCACUUAAAUCAACUAAAUCAAUUAAAGCAGUACUAACAUCACUUUAAAUAGCUGAUUCACAAGUUAAGAACUGUAAAGGCUUCUGCAUGCUUUUUUAAGCUAUAAAUAUGUAAACAUACCUCUGCAUAGCAUUGCUAACUAGCUCCCCAAAAAGAAAUCAGCCUGGGCAGCUUGUGUGAUUGUAAGAGGUUUGAUCUGCAGAAAUCAGCAGGUAAAGAUUUCCUGACACGGAACUGAACAUUUUCUGAGUGGGGACUAUGGAUCCUCCAAAGAAUUGUCAGUAUUUGCAUCAAACAAUUCCUAGGAUUCUUUGCGGUGGGGCAUGGUGGCAUGGCAGUUUAACUGGUAAGGAGAGGGAUCAUAGCUCAAUGGCAGAGCACGUUUUGUGUGGAGAUCCCAGGUUCAAUCCUUAGCACCUCAUUAGGACCUGAUGGAAGGUGAUGUGAAAAAUUUCUUGUCCAAGAACCUCCAUCAGUGUAGUGAACACUAGAAUAGACAAAAGUCUGAUACUAUAAAAGAUAGCUGCCUAUGUUGAUAUGAAACUGAAGUAUGUUUGUAAUGUAGCUAUUACCAUCUGCAAUGUUUUGCCAAUGAAAUUGCUAGUAAAAGGGGUUUGUAGAGGAGACAGUUCAAAAGCUGGCAACUCUGUUCCUACGGUACUUUUAACAUGCCUGUAGGACUACCAUAUUCUUUAUGUUAAAUAUGCAUUUAAACCAGCAUUUCCCAAAGUGGUCGAUAUUAAACCACCUGGGGUCAAUGAGACUGUGCACAGGAGUAAUAAAGACCUGGGGUGGAAAAGAAGUUUUUGAUGUAUAGUGCAAAAAAACUUUAAUUUGGAACUAUGAGCCUCAGAAAUAAAGGGCAUGUACAUAUACAAAGUGCACCUCUCUUGACAAUGAAAAAGUCUGUAUUCAAUAAGAUUUCCAUAAUACAACAGUAUUCCUGGUGUUUUUACAUUUUAUGAUUUCUAGUAAUGGCGACUGUUAAUAUUUAUUGACUUUAUUUCAUUUGGGGUCAUUGACAACUUUGUAAGCUCAUCAAGGGGUCAAUAAACUCAGAUGCUGAGGAAACACUGAUUUAAAAACUCUACAGACUAAUACUGAAAAUGUUCAACAACUUGAUGAACCAGCCCAUAAGUAUUACGGGCAGUCCAUUCUUAACAGACCUAGCAAGAUGGCCUCCAUCACAGCUUUCAGCACUACUGCAUCUCCACAGCACCCAUUUCCUGACAUGGAGUGUGAUCUAUUCUUCUUGCUGGCCUCUUCCUCUCAGAAGGCCGGGCUGCUAGUUAUCAAAAUAUUAGAAAUACAUUAAAGCUGUAAUCCUAAACACUUAUUUGGAGAUAAGACCCAUUUAUGAUUCUCUCUACCCAGCAAACAUGCCUGGCCUGCUCCUAAGCCUUUAAUAUAACUCUGAGCUGUAAAAAUGAUCAUUACUAUGAUAAAAAGAUGGGCAGAACAAAUGAUUCUGUAUACCCAGUUACUGUUUUGUUAUUUGUUUAUUGAAAAUUUAAAUACAAAAAGUAUUUGCUGCAAAUCAAAGAACUGGUAAAGCAAAAAGGGUUGUUUCAUGCAAGUUAAAUGUGUGUUGCAUGCCGAAGGUCCCAGGUUCAAUCCCUGGCAUCUCUGGGUAGGGUGGGAAAGCCUCCUGUCUGAAACCCUGGAGAGCCACUGUCAGUGUGUCAACAAUGAGCUAGAUGAACCGAUGGUCCAUCUCAGUGUAAGGCAGUCGGAACAGUAGAGGAAGAGAGAGGACUAUUAAAUUACUAAUCCUUGGCCUAGUAUUUCCUAUGGCUAUUGUCCAAGCCAGGCAAUUGUUGAAGAGAACCAGGAAGAUACAAGAGAAACAUCAGGCUGGUCGGUGAGCUCCAGCUACCCUGUACCCUCAAAGAUAUAAAAAAAACACCUGCCCCUGUGUCUCAGCCAGCUGCCAGAUCCAGAAAGGAUGUGUUGCUGGACUACAGCUUCCAUCAUCAGUGGCCAUGCUGGCCAGGACUAGUGGGAUUUGGAAGCCCACAUCAUUCUAGAGAGCCACAGGUUAGCCACUCCUGCCCUAAAUGGCUUAGGACCAAUAUUAUUUAUUAGACUUAUAUCCCAUCCUCCUUCCCAGCAAGAGCUCAGGGCUGCAAACAAAACACUAAAAACAUUCUAAAACAUACUAAAUAUAUUUACAGACACUCUCUACCAGUAUGAAAUUGCCCAUCCACUGAGAUGGGUUAGUGAUGCCAUUCUGUGCAUUCUACCACUUUCUAAUAUAUGGUUAGCAAAAAAGCGUCAAGGGGCCUUUUCUGCUGCAGUGUUUUACCUAUUCAAAAUUUAUACCCCAUCUUUCCUCAGUUGAGCUCAAGGUGGCUAGCAACAAAGUAAACAAGCAACCUUACCUGAGAAAUGUGGUUGUCUCCUAUUUUACUAGUAUUCCACCACUGGCCAAAGAUUCUGUUUCAGCAAGCCUUUUCUCUAUCACUGCAUGAAUUUUAUUGGCACGCUAUGGUUUCAGUGUUAAAUUUGAUGCUUCAGGGCUUUAUCCAGUGCUAAAUCCUACUCCAAGUAGAUCUGCUGAAGGUUAAUAAACCUGACUAACUUACAUUCAUUGAUUUCAGUGAGUCUACUCUGAAUAGGACUUAGUUGAAUACAACCCAUUUAUAUCUUGCUGUAUUGUUUUAUGUUUAAUUUCCUUGGUUUUGUUUUAUUGUUUAUUAUUGAUAUGUGCCACUGAGUGUUUCUCUGACAGUAAAGGGGGACUAGAAAUCCUCAAAUAAAUAUAUAA